AUGCAUGGAGAAGUGAAGCUGGGCAGUUUCAGGUGUCUGAAGGAGCUUAAGAUCAUCUGGUGUGGAAUAACAAAGUUAACAGGCCAAUUGGAGAUGCUUAAAAGUAUGAAAGUAAUUGAAUUCUUCAGCUAUAGACGAGCGCCUCAGCCACUGCCUGGGCUUCCCACAAGCUUAAAUCGACUUAUCAUCUCAUCUCCAGUUCCUAAUCUUUCAGACCUCAAGAACUUGGAGGAACUGCAAUUUGAACAUUGUGAAGUUGAGCUUAGAAUUCCCGGGUAUAUAUGGAAGUUGUCCAAGUUGAAGACUUUGAUCCUCACAGAGUGCCCUUGUGAAAGUCUACUCAUGGAAGAUGGUUCUCUCCCUUCAUCUCUCAACUGCCUCCAUGUCCAACAGUGCGAUCCAGUGUCCAGACUCCCAAAUCUAGCAAAUUUGAACAGUUUGACAGAACUGCGAUUGUCAAGCGUCAAGGUUCGUGAGAUUCAUGGUCUAGGCGGGCUGACAUUGUUGACAACUCUCGAAAUAUCGUUCGCGCCAAACCUCACCACCCUCGAUGGCCUCGAGAACCUUGUGCUUCUCACAGCACUCACAGUGCGUGACUGUUGUGCAAUGACAAGACUGCCCAGUUUAGCCACUCUGAAAAAGUUGUGCAGUCUGGAGGUUUUAGAAUGCGAGCUGCUCACGGAGAUCCAGGGGUUGUCUACGGUGGCACUACAACGUCUUGUACUGGUAGGUUGUGAGUCAAUUCACACAUUGCCUCCACUGUCAAAGUUGAAGAAGUUGAAGACCUUAUUCUUCAACUACAACGACAAGCUUUCUCGCAUCGAGGGUCUUGAGCAGUUGAUCUCCUUACAGAAGUUGGAACUUUGGAACUGCAGAUCGAUCACUAAGUUAGGCGAUCUCUCGGGUCUCAGAAACUUGAAAGACUUGCAGAUACUGAGAUGCCCACAGUUGACCGAGAUUACAGGACUUGAAAGACUGGUAUCGUUGCAAGGGCUGUCUAUUACCGGCUGCACAUCGAUUAACAAGUUGUCGCCACUAUCUAGUCUGAAAAGGUUGAAGGGGUUGCAUAUUGAGAGAUGCACCCAGCUGAGUGAGAUCACGGGGCUUGAGGGGUUGGAGUCGCUGGAAGAGCUAUGGCUUCAUAAUUGUCCGUCUAUUAGGGAGUUGCCGGGACUCUCUUGUCUGAUCAGCAAUCUGGAGACCUUAGAUAUCAAGGGAUGCACACAGUUGCCUCAAGUCAUCGGGCCUCGAGGAGUGAAUCGUUGA